AUGGAGUUCCCAGACUAUCCUCCUAAGGUCGACAUCAAAGCCCAGAUUUACGAGGCGCUUCCAGUGACAGCGACAGCACUGUCAAGCUGGGACGACUUUGAUGCGAACAAUGUCUCCGGUAAUGUUGUGAAGGGGCUAUCCGCUGCACUCCAGCGAAAGCAUUACCAGGAAGUAGAGAGCUUCUUUGCUGUCCCGUCCGCGCACUGGAGGGACACCUUGGCCUUGACGGCUCACCUCAGAACGUUUAAAGGUCGAGAGAGGAUUGCAUCGGCACUAUUGGAGCUGCACAAUGAACGAAAAGUUGGUGCUUUCCAAUUUCAUAGUGGCCAGGUCGUGACAGCGACCGAGGAUCUGCUUCAGCUUCAGGACUGA